CUCUAUCCUCUCGUUCUCCAUCUCCACCUUUCUCCCUGUCUGUCGUUGCGGGUUUCAAAGGAUAUCAACCGGGCCUGAGAUAGGCUACUCAUAAGCGAUAUUCAGCAUUCAAGGUCAGUUGAUCAGGAGGAGAAUGGAUCCAGUUUGAGCAUCUUGACUGAUAAGUUGCCGAGUGUGAUCCUGUAACCAUGGCGACCUGUGGGCGUGGCUGCGUCCCGGCAGUGCGUUUCUGCCAAAGGCUGAACCGACUGAAGACCCUGGAUGAUGACUUGAUGGUGACAUCAAUGAAACGCUGCCUGACCAUGGUGGACCUGGCCCUGCUGGGUGUUGGGGGCAUGGUGGGCUCUGGCCUCUACGUCCUGACAGGCACUGUGGCCAAGGACACCGCGGGACCUGCCGUGGUCCUCUCCUUCCUCAUAGCAGGCAUCGCCUCCCUGAUGGCCGCCCUCUGCUAUGCUGAGUUCGGAGCUCGCGUGCCCAGAACGGGCUCAGCCUACAUGUUCACCUAUGUUUCUUGUGGAGAGAUAUGGGCCUUUCUCAUUGGCUGGAAUGUAGUGUUGGAGUACAUGAUUGGUGGGGCCGCGGUGGCACGGGCGUGGAGUGGUUACCUGGACUCCAUGUUUAACCACACUAUCCAGAACUACACAGAGAACCACAUAAUGAAGUGGAAUGUUCCCUAUAUCGCCCACUACCCUGACCUGCUGGCCGCCGGGAUUCUAGUGGUUGCCACCAUCUUCAUAACCUUCGGAGUGCGAGUCUCCUCUUGGCUGAACCACAUCUUCUCCGCUGUUAGUCUGGUUGUCAUACUCUUCAUCUUGGUGUUUGGCUUCGUGCUGGCCGACCCAGUCAACUGGAGCCAGAAAGAAGGAGGUUUUGCACCGUUCGGUGUGUCUGGGGUUAUGGCGGGCACAGCGACCUGCUUUUACGCAUUUGUUGGCUUCGAUGUGAUUGCAGCCUCCAGCGAGGAGGCAAAGAACCCCCAGCGAGCCAUUCCCAUGGCCACGGCCAUCUCCUUGUGCAUGGCAGCCACAGCCUACAUCCUGGUCUCCACUGUCCUCACUCUCAUGGUGCCCUGGCACUCCCUCGAUCCCAACUCAGCUCUGUCUGACGCCUUCUUCCGCCGAGGCUACAGCUGGGCUGGCUACAUCGUGGCAGUAGGGUCCAUCUGUGCCAUGAACACAGUGCUCCUCAGCAACCUCUUCUCCCUCCCUCGGAUUGUUUACGCUAUGGCGGAGGAUGGCCUCUUCUUCGCCUUCUUCGCCAAAGUCAACCCUGUCACCAAGGUCCCUGUGAAUGCCAUCUUGGUGUUUGGCCUCCUCAUGGCCGUCAUGGCACUCAUCUUUGACCUGGAGGCUCUGGUCCAGUUCCUGUCCAUCGGCACCCUCCUGGCCUACACCUUUGUGGCAGCCAGUGUCAUCGUGCUGCGCUUCCAGCCUGAGAAGGAGAAGACCAGUUCCAAGGCUAACUCCACUACCUCCCCUAACACCAACUACAACCCAGAGCCCUCACCCGAAGCCUCAGAGUCCCAGAUCAUAGCUCAGGACAGCGGGGAGCUGAAGGAGUAUGAGUCCUUCUCAGACAAGCUACAGCUGGUGGAGAUGCAGAAGACCAGGGAACGCAGCGCCCCAGGGGUGUUGAAGGCCCGCUGGGAGCCAUACCUGGGCAGGGUGCUGGGGAACUUUGAGCCGGGGGAGGUGGUGGCCUUCUCUGUGCUGGCGGUGAUGGUGAGCUCUGUGUCCCUCUGUGCCGUGUUUGUGUUUGGGAGUAACCAGCUGCAGCUGCCUACAUGGAGCUUCGCCGUGCUAAUAGUGGUGUUUGGCUCAACCUUCCUCCUCAGCCUGGUCGUCAUAUAUGCCCAUGAACCACAUAUCAACACCAAAACCUUCCAGGUACCCUUGGUCCCAUUCAUCCCUGGUGCAAGCAUCCUCAUGAAUGUGUUCCUAAUGCUGAAGCUCAGCCCAAUGACCUGGAUCCGCUUUACCGUAUGGGUGGCUGCAGGUCUACUGGUGUAUUUUGGCUAUGGGAUAUGGCACAGUAAGGAGGGCCUGAGGGAGCUGCAGCCCAAGGACAUGGCUGCCAGGUACGUGGUGCUCCCUAGUGGCAGCCUGGUAGAGACAGUCCAGUCAGUGCAGCCGAACGGACAUGGGGACGCCAGCGCCCUCCACACCACCCCCUCCCCCGCCCAAUCUGCUGAAGAGCAGCAGGCAAAGAGAUGAUGUGUAGGAACUAGGAAGGGAGCCAUUUUUAUUUCAGUGGGCCGUUAUCGUCUAUCUGCUCCUACUCAUACAUUACCUCACUCUCUUCUCUUCUGACUUCCCUCUAGUGACUGGCCUCAUACAAUCAGUGUGUACUGCCACAAGGCUGUGUUUCUCUGCAUUAGUAAGCACACAUCACACAAUGACAUUUACGCUCUCUCAUUAUGAAACAUAUUUAUAUGUAUUUUUCCAUAUUGUAUCUGUUAAUAUGGGAACAUAGUAAUAAAGCUAUCUAGCAUUGUUUAGGAUAUUGCUAUUGGUUAUAAUCACUGUAUUUAUUUAAAUGGUAGAUAAACCAGCACAGGUGGUAUUUCCUUGUUAGCAACUCCUCAAUUGAUCCGCUUUUUAAUGUCUCCCAGUCACUCACAAUUGAAUGUGUUUGUAAGUAGGAUGGUGCUUUUGAUCAUAGCAUACAUUGAGUCAUGCUGAUUAUAGCUGGUCAUGCUGAUCAUAGCAUACAUUGAGUCAUGCUGAUAAUAGCUGGUCAUGCUGAUCAUAGCAUACAUUGAGUCAUGUUGAUCAUAGCUGGUCAUGCUG